AACGGUUAGCGGCAUCGGGGAGAUCGUAAGCAGGCCGACGUACCGUGGCAUCCCCCCGCCGUUGCUCGCAAGUUGAAGGUCUUGGAGGUCUGGCGAGGCUCGAGAGGAACGUCGUCGCAUUGUCGAGUCCGGGGACUUGAGUAUACACAUUGAGACAAGUAUGUACCAGAGAUCAAUAGUCAUUAUGCACCCGCAUAUGCAGGCCCAAGCCGCCGAAUUGUUGUUGUACAGAGUAAUAAAAAGAAUAAAAAAGGAGACUAGAGAGGAGAAACGAGGCCAGGACGCAUGGAAAGGAAGAUGCAGCUAGCUAGAUAGGUGAACUACAUGGACGGAGAAAGCACACUAUGGACAGGGAGAGCAUAACGAAGAGGAGAAAAUAUUAUACGGGAGAUGAUGCUGUCCUUCGUCGGAGUCCUCUGAACCGAUACCUACUACGAGCACGAACACGAGCGCCACCGCCGGACACAACGUGUGCGGUGUCCGGCGACCGCUCCCCUCGUGCCAGAUAUGCACCACGUAUAAACAAAAACAGGCGAUAGAUGCGAAGUUGUGUAGUCGGUUGGUGCAUGGGGGAGAUGGAUAAUGUGCUGGGUCGAGUCGAUAAUGUUAGGCCGUACAAUGUGCGAAUAUGGCUGGUGAUACAUCUUGCAGGCAGGCGUGC